AGGUUCUUUGAGAUUAAUGCUUGAACAAAAAACAUCACACAGUCAGUAGGGAUGUAGUCUUAAUCUGGUUUAGAGCAAGACCUAAGAAGAGAAUUGCACAAACUCACAUAAAUGAGAACUGAGGCGAUUCCAGGAAGCACAUCGUACAGAAGGAGAAGAAUGAGACAGAGAAGGGAAGGAACUCAACACAGAGCAGUACAUGAAUUGUAAAUUCCCCCUAGUAGACCACAAACUCCAAGUUUUAGAAGCACAGUUUAAAGAACUGGACUUCACCCAGGAUAGCCUGACACAGAAAUUUGAACAUCAUAGCAAGGCUUUGGCAAACCAGGCAGCCCACGAUGAACUGUGGACAGCAGUGCUGGCACUCAAAUUCACUUCAAUGGAACUGAGCAUUUUAUAUAGCUACGUCAUGGAAGUACUCAUCUGCUUGCACACUCGUGUGCUUGAGAAGCUGCCAGACCUGGUGAGAGGUCUUCCCACUUUAGCCUCUAUCCUAAGACGAAAAGUCAAGAACCAGCGUAUUAGAGGUGUUUGGGAGUCUGUCCUGGAGGAAAGUGGGCUGGAAGAAGGAGAUAUCACAGCACUUUGUACCUUCUUUAUUGCAUAUGGUAACAAGGCAGAAUACUAUGUUGCUAAAGUGAGGCAGAUGUAUAUCAAGGAUGUCACUUUCCUGAUCACUAACAUGGUAAAGAACCAGGCUUUGCAGGAUGGUUUGCUCAGGGCUGUGCAGGUCAUUGAGAAGGGAAAAGCAGUGAAGGCCCCUGAAAACCAAAAGUCCCCCCUAAAAGAGUUGAUACCAUUAGCCAGAAACUAACUUUACUCUAUGACCAAGGGAUUCUACUUCUAGUAGUUUAUCUCACAAAAAUGGGGGGGGGGGG